GGAGACUUUUCCACUCAAUGACAAAACUCUCAAUUUUACAAUCAACCGACAGUUACCAGUACGGCCUCGGUCUCCAAUGCAAACCUCGCACUGCAGCACCAGACUUAUGCUGAGGAUAUUCAAUUGCAUAAAUACCUUACCUCGUGACAAAUAGUCUCAAGUCUCAAGAGCUCUGUUUAUGACGGCGGAAUUCCUUCGGAAUUUCGUCAUGAUUCUUGUUAGACAACAAAACGUUUAAGCUGACCUAACCUUAUCACAAUACCAAGAUCUCAAUUGGUCGCCAACCAGCUGCGUGCUACCGAACCUUGGGCCAAGCUACUACUGCACUCCCAUCUCUACAGAGUUCUCCUCAUCUAGGCAAACUGGCGCUGCGGAGGGUUUCGCGAUCGGCCUACGCCGGCGUACUUUUACCCCACAUGGGCAACAACAACCCCUCAUUGUCUCGGUUGUCAUUGAUAUCUAGACAUAUAGGCUCUCAACCCCAUCAACUGUCUGCGAACUAUGCACAAUCUUUCUCACAGAUACAGAAUCGCCGCCUUUCCACAUCACAGUCUAUCAAUAUGUCUUCUCAGCCAGAACACCCCGCACUCCUGAUCCCAGGUCCCAUCGAGUUUGAUGAUGCCGUCCUUCAGUCGAUGAGCCACUUCAGCGAAUCGCAUGUUGGACCAGGCUUUGUCUCGACCUUUGGCGACACCAUCUCGAUGCUGCGCAAGCUGUUCCAAACUACCGAUUCUUCUGCGCAGCCAUUCGUCAUCUCGGGAUCUGGAACCUUGGGUUGGGAUCUGGUGGCUGCCAACCUCGUCGAGCCCGGAGAGGAUGUUCUAGUCCUCAGCACCGGAUACUUCGGAGACGGCUUCGCCGACUGCUUCAAGACAUACGGCGCAAACGUUGAUCAGCUCACUGGCCCCAUCGGCGGACGGCCACAGCUGUCGGAAAUCGAGAAGGCCCUCAAGAGCAAAAGGUAUAAGCUUGUCACGGUGACACAUGUCGAUACUUCGACUGGCGUGCUGAGCGAGCUGGAGAAGUUGUCGGAAACAGUCAAGAGCGUGUCACCCGACACGCUGCUUAUUGUUGAUGGCGUUUGCAGUGUGGCUUGUGAGGAAAUCGCCUUCGACGCGUGGAAGUUGGACGGUGUCGUAACGGCUAGCCAGAAGGCCAUUGGAUGUCCUGCCGGUCUGUCGAUAUCCAUGUUUAGUGGGAAGGCGAUCGAGGCUUUCAAGGCGCGAAAGACUCCUCCAGGCUCGUAUUUCGCCUCGAUGAAGAACUGGAUGCCCAUCAUGCAGAACUACGAAGCCAAAAAGCCAUCGUACUUUGCGACACCAUCACCGCAGUUGAUCCACGCUUUGCACACGGCAUUGACCCAGAUCUUGGCGAAACCCAUCGCCGAGAGGUUCGCGAAGCAUAGGGAGAUUUCGGACAAGAUCAAGAAGGCUGUCAGUGACCUUGGCUUAAAGCAGGUGGCGGAGAAGCUCGAGGACCAAGCACAUGGUAUGACGGCCGUCUACCUGCCCGAGACGGUGAAAGCAACCGACUUACUGCCCAAACUGGCCAAGAGCGGUGUCAUAUUUGCCGGUGGUAUCCACAAAGCAAUUGCGCCCAAAUACGUGCGCUUUGGACAUAUGGGCGUCAGUGUGACGGAUCCCGCACGAAACGAUAUUGACAAGGCGAUUAAGGCACUGACGGCCGGGCUGGCUGACUGUGGAUACCAAAAGGCUUGAAAACGCUUGGAAUUAAUGGACAAACGUAGAAUCGAAAACCUGCGGGCUGGGAUGACUACACUAUAUAGAACGGCAAGGAGACAUAAAGUAGGAAAGACAAGCUUUAGUUCUGAGACUGAAUACAUCUGAAUAACACAGCAUGAGCCGUUAGUAGAAACCUAAAGUGCGACAUACCCAGCAGGAC